AUGACUUUCCAAGGCGAAAUUCUCGGAUUCGAGUUCACCAUCUUUCAACGGAUGUUGAUGCUAUGGCUGUUUGUCAUAGGAGGAAUCGUUCUUGCUAUCCAAGCAUCGCAGUGGAAUGAGCAGCAACCUAUUCGGUGGACGAGAGUUACCGCGACCUCUAAGCGUUAUUGGUAUAUGCUCUACGUGAGCGAGAUCUUCCUCUUCAUCACCGCCGCGUACCCCAUCCUCCUCGAGAACAUGCAGGGAUACGCCUUUGGCUAUGAGGAGAAGAUUCUCAACAGCCUAUGGAUCGGCCUUCUCGGUAUCGAGACCCUCAUGGUCCUCGGAGUCGCUGUGCAGAGCCUCCUGAAGAGGUUCCAGUCCGCCCCUAAAGUCAAGACCACUUAG